AUGAGUGGCUUUCUUAUGCGACUCGGCAGUCCAUACUAUCUAGCCCGAGUAGCGCUCCUAGGUGUUUAUGUAGCUGUCCGUAUUCUCUGCAACGAUGCAUUCAGCGAGGCUAUUGACGAAACAACAGGGACCAAUAAAGAAGUGAUAUUGCUUCUAUUGACCGCUUUAAUAGCCAUGAAUAGAGUUUCCAAGAGACCAGUGUUAGAACUCAAGGUCGCUACCUUCCUCACAUUAGCCCUGUCUUACUGUGCGGUGACACUCUACUUUGUUAGUACCCGCCUGUGUGCAUGGUUCAUAUUGGCCUGCAUGAUGGUAGGGAUCACAGCGGGUUCUCCGCAGUAUUCUGGAGAACGAUGCGUCGAGUAUAUCGGAGGACUUGCUGAAAUCAAUAGCCGUGUACUCGUGAAAAACGCGAGUAAGAAAGGCCAGAGGGCAGUCUCUCGAGAGGAGACUCCCUCGCAUUGGCUCGUCCUUUUCAAUUCACCCUCGCUGCCGGUUGCCCAGGAAGCAAGUUUCAUCUUCGCUUCGAUUGCUGAGAAGUAUCACCACGCCGGAGUGCUCCAGUUCGGGUUAGUAGACGUUGACAGAUGGCCAGAUGCUGCCGCCUCCCAGCACAUCGAUCCUAGUUUGAAAUCCGUCCAGCUACCAUCAGUAAUUCUCUAUAAUAAUGGCAAGGUGAGUCUCAUCAUGCAGUACAGAAACCGACUGUAG